UGUGUGUGUGUGUGUGUGUGUGUGUGUGUGUGUGUGUGUGUGUGUGUGUGUGUGUGUGUGUGUGUGUGUGUGUGUGUGUGUGUGUGUGUGUGUGUGUGUGUGUGUGUGUGUGUGUGCUCACACGCAGCGUGCUCAUCAGGGAUCAGAAGCUGAGAAGGGAGGGGGGUUUGUGAAGAUGUGAUGCGUGGCUGAUGACACUGUCCCUCACUGGCCACUGUCGCACACAUGCACGUACACAUGCACUCUCUCACACACACACACGCGCAUAAGCCAGCAGAGCUGUAGCUGAUCCAUCACAUCCACCCAGAUCCCGCGCUGUGUCCCUGCUCUCCGCACCGAGCUAGCCAUACCUCUGCCCUCUCACUCACUCAGCCAACCCAUUCCACGCUGGGCUACCUGGGCUCGUUGGGAACUACUACUGGGACCCCCCCCCCCCCGCCACCCCCAAGCUACUGCUCUCCGCUACGCCCCCCCUCACCCCGCUCCACAGCAUGGAGCAGGGUGAGAGCUCUCGACUGAGGGGAGACGGUCUACGAAAGGAAAGCAGUCCUUUCAUCAACAACACGGACAACGAUAAGGCCAUCAGCUAUGAUGGCAAGAACAUGGCCCUCUUUGAGGAGGAGAUGGACAGCAACCCCAUGGUGUCCUCCCUCCUCAACAAGCUGGCCAACUACACCAACCUCACCCAGGGGGCUCAGGAGCACGAGGAGGCUGACGAAGAGGAGGCUGGGCCCAAAAAGAAAGCCGUCAAGAGCCCUCAGAUGGGGACCUUCAUGGGCGUGUACCUGCCCUGCCUGCAGAACAUCCUCGGGGUCAUCCUCUUCCUGCGUCUCACCUGGAUCGUGGGCACCGCGGGGAUCGUGGAGUCCCUGGCCAUCGUGGUGAUGUGCUGCUCCUGUACAAUGCUGACCGCCAUCUCUAUGAGUGCAAUCGCGACCAAUGGGGUUGUGCCAGCUGGAGGUUCCUACUACAUGAUUUCAAGAUCUCUGGGGCCUGAGUUUGGUGGAGCGGUGGGCCUCUGCUUCUAUCUGGGCACCACCUUCGCUGGCUCCAUGUACAUUCUGGGCACCAUAGAGAUCCUACUGACCUACAUCGUGCCGCAGGCGGCCAUCUUCGUGGCGGAGAAGAAGGAGGACGAGCCGGCCGCCCUGCUGAACAACAUGCGCGUGUAUGGCACCUGCUGCCUGACGCUGAUGUCCCUGGUGGUGUUCGUGGGGGUCAAGUACGUGAACAAGCUGGCGCUGGUCUUCCUGGCCUGCGUCGUCCUCUCCAUCCUUGCCAUUUACGCCGGGGUCAUCAAGACCGCCUUCGACCCUCCAGACUUCCCUGUGUGUCUGCUGGGAAACCGAACGCUCCAGAACCUGAACUUUGACAAGUGUCUGAAGACGGAGGAGGUGGGCAACCAGACGGUCGGCACGGCGCUGUGGGCGCUCUUCUGUGGAGGCUCUAGGGCGCUCAACGCCUCCUGCAACGAGUACUUUGUCCUUAACAACGUCACGGUGAUACAGGGCAUCCCCGGGCUCACCAGCGGUGUCAUCUCAGACAACAUGUGGUCGGACUACGGGCCGCUGGGCAUGCUGGUGGAGAAGCCGAGGCAGCCGGCGGUGCUGGCGGCGGACACUUCCCAGGACGUGUACCUGCCCUACGUGGUCAACGACAUCGCCUCCUUCUUCACGCUGCUGGUGGGCAUCUACUUCCCCUCGGUCACCGGCAUCAUGGCCGGCUCCAACCGAUCGGGAGACCUGCGGGACGCCCAGAAGUCCAUCCCCAUCGGGACAAUCCUGGCCAUAGCAACCACCACAUUCAUUUACUUGACCUCCGUGGUGCUGUUUGGUGCCUGCAUUGACACUGUGUUGCUCAGAGACAAGUUUGGCGACUCUGUAAAACGGAACCUUGUGAUUGGCACGCUGUCCUGGCCGUCACCGUGGGUGAUUGUGAUUGGCUCGUUCUUCUCCUGCUGUGGGGCGGGGCUUCAGAGCUUGACUGGGGCGCCACGCCUACUGCAAGCCAUCGCACGAGAUGGCAUUGUCCCUUUCCUGGCGGUGUUUGGCCAUGGGAAGGCUAACGGUGAGCCCACCUGGGCUCUGCUGCUGACCGGUGGGAUCUGUGAGAUCGGCAUCCUCAUCGCCUCCCUGGACGCUGUAGCCCCCAUCCUCUCCAUGUUCUUCCUGAUGUGCUACCUCUUUGUCAACCUGGCCUGUGCCGUUCAGACGCUGCUCAGGACGCCCAACUGGAGGCCACGCUUCAAGUACUACCACUGGGCGCUGUCGUUCCUGGGGAUGAGCCUGUGUCUCUCCCUCAUGUUCAUCUCGUCCUGGUACUACGCCAUCGUGGCCAUGGUGAUCGCCGGCCUCAUCUACAAGUACAUCGAAUACCGCGGGGCGGAGAAGGAAUGGGGCGAUGGGAUCCGUGGCCUCUCCCUGAACGCUGCCCGCUACGCUCUCAUUCGCCUAGAGGAGGCGCCCCCGCACACCAAGAACUGGAGGCCCCAGAUGCUGGUGCUGCUCAACGUGGACACGGACCUGGCGGUGAAGCACCCGCGCCUGCUGUCCCUCACCACCCAGCUGAAGGCCGGCAAGGGGCUCACCAUCGUGGGCAACGUGCUGGAGGGCACCUAUCUGACCAAGGACUCUGAGGCCAAGACGGCUGAGCAGAACAUCAAGUCCUCCAUGGCGGCGGAGCGCACCAAGGGCUUCUGCCACGUGGUGGUGUCGUCCAACCUGAGGGACGGAUUCUCCCACCUCAUCCAGUCGGCCGGCCUGGGGGGCAUGAAGCACAACACGGUGUUGAUGGCCUGGCCCGGCACCUGGAAGCAGUCCAAUGACCCCGCCUCCUGGAAGAACUUUAUAGAGACGGUGAGGGAGACCACGGCGACGCACCACGCGCUGCUUGUGGCCAAGAACGUGGACAGCUUCCCCGGCAACCUGGAGCGCCUGGGCGAGGGCACCAUCGACGUGUGGUGGGUGGUGCACGACGGAGGCAUGCUCAUGCUGCUGCCCUUCCUGCUGCGUCAGCACAAGGUGUGGAGGAAGUGCAAGAUGCGCAUCUUCACCGUGGCCCAGAUGGACGACAACUCCAUCCAGAUGAAGAAGGACCUGCAGAUGUUCCUGUACCACCUGCGGCUGGACGCCGAGGUGGAGGUGGUGGAGAUGCACGACAGCGACAUCUCGGCCUUCACCUACGAGAAGACCCUGGUCAUGGAGCAGAGGUCCCAGAUGCUGAAGCAGAUGCAGCUGUCCCGGAACGAGAGGGAGAGAGAGAUUCAGAGUAUCACUGACGGGUCUCGUAGCUCCAUCCGGCGGAAGAACCAGAGCCCGCCGGCUCAGAGCCCCACCCAGCCGAGCCCCCCCCAGGUGGAGGAAGACGAGGUAGCCGGGUCGCCCAGCAACACCCUCUUGCUGUUAGAAACACGGGCAUGCCUUCACAAAGUGGCCCAGCUGAUCCACGACAGGAACACGGCGUCCCACGCCGCCCUCAGCGACGCGGCGGCGGGCGUGCACAUGACCUGGACCAAGGAGAAGCUCUUCACCGAGCGCCACCGGGCCCGCGAGGCCAACGCCAACGUGGCCGUCCGGGACCUGUUCAACAUGAAGCCAGAGUGGGAGAAUCUGAACCAGUCCAACGUGCGGCGGAUGCACACGGCGGUCAAGCUGAACGAGGUGGUGGUCAACAAGUCCCAGGGGGCCCACCUGGUGCUGCUCAACAUGCCCGGACCGCCCCGCAACCGAGGCGGCGACGAGAACUACAUGGAGUUCCUGGAGGUCCUGCUGGAGGGCCUGAACCGCGUGCUGCUGGUGCGCGGAGGCGGCCGCGAGGUCAUCACCAUCUACUCUUAAAGAACACCAGAACCGGCCCCCCGCCCCCCGCCCCCUACCCCCCCCCCACCCCCCACCCCCACCCACACACUGGCCUCCGCCACGGGACACUGCGAAACCGCCACUUAUCGUUUGGUUCUCUUGUUCAGGGGAGGAGCCUCAUUCGGGUUUCUUGAAUCGGGGCGGGCUUUGUUGUGAGGGCACCUGUGAUUGGACAGAAGGUCUCAGGUGUCCUCGGACAGAAGGAAAUGUUUGGUACGGACGGGUGUGACCAUCAACUCACAGUUGGGCCAAGCAGGAGUGCGGUGGCGCUGUUUGUCCCCACCGGGUACCCAUAGCCCCGCCGACUGGAAGGAAAGAGCAUAGAGACACUUUAUAUACACAUUUCAUUUAACUUUGAACAUUUUUACAUGUUAUAUUUUCUUGUUUCCCCCUCCGUUGUGUUGAUGUUGUGAGCUAUGUUGUCACCUUAGACAACGGUAAGCUGUUGGAUAGAGAUGAUGGGUAUUGUUAUUGGCGCGGGUGAAGAUGCACAUUGGACCUGAGCAAAAUCUAAGCACAGCAAACGCAUGUCUGUACAAAUAACAUGUAACAAGUGGUAGAUCCUAGACUGAAAAUAUUCCAGUGGAUGAAAAAGUGUGUUUUCUACCUUCUCACCGUCUUACCACGCCGUGAAAGGAGGUCAGUGCAGGGGUCAGUGCGGGGGUACUAGGAUGGCGACCUGGUCAACGUGCGUGCCGAUGCGCCUUGCGGGACUGCCUUGGUGCAUUCAUACGCAGUUGCACAGGUGUUACCCAACAGGGGUGGCUGUAUGGGGUUCCUCUGCUGCAAGUCCCUGUUCUGUGUACAUCCCGCUGUGUCUUCAGCCACUCUUUCGCACGUUAACUUCUUCAGAAGUCCUCUUUUAUCACUGUCGACAUUAGGAUACAUCGUUGAAUGGAGGCUGCAUGCUUUUGUUUUUGAGUGCGUGUGUCUGUGUGCGUGUGCGUGCAUGUGUGUUUGUGUGUCUUCUUUCCUUGUUGCGCUGUGUGGCUGGCUUCCAGGCUGAGCAGUGAUGGGGGCUGACUGGAAAGCGGACAUCGAACGUGCAAUCGUGUCCCCAGGAACAUAGCGAGAGUGUGUCACGGUUAGCCGUCGGGUCCCGUGGUGUCACUAGCAGACGGCCCUGUCCGUUGGCACGGUCACCAAAGCGGUUGGCCAGCCAUCCAACAGCACUACCGCCUCAAGGGGGUGGAAACAUAGCCAUAGUCCAGAGAGGAAACCCCCAGAGGGGCCGUACAGCGUCUUAUACAACGCCACCUUAUAUUUAUGGAUUAUGGAGUAGCCAGUUAGGAAUUUAUAUGAAGUUGUUUGAGCAGUAUAUGAUUACGUCAGUUUUCUUUUUUUUUAUUGUUACUAUGCUUACCAAUGAGCUGUUAAACAGCUCGGGGGAUCAGUGGCUGAAGUCUGGAGCGCAAGGAGGACACCGAAAGGAACAUCAUCAUGUGUGGCGUCUUAUCUCUGAUGAAGGGAACGUGAGGUUAAACGUGCGUCGCUCAAACCACUAGGGAUGGGUUGGGAAAAUCGAAAUAUCCCAAGUAACGCCGGCCUCAUCCCACUUUGGUUCCCCCUCUGAUCUUCCCGCUGUUGGUGGACCAUCGCUUGAGGAGCUUUGCUUGGUUACAUAUUGACUGAAAGUUGGGUGUCGUCUAGAGCCAAUGAAGUCCAUUGAUUCAGCCGCACGCACACGCAGGAAGAGCGGUGCUUAUGGAAUGUGUGUAGUGGGGAAAUUAUGUGCCAAAAAGGAAAACUGUGGAAGUAUAGUUAAUACAGUUGCUUAGUGUCUCCUCUCACCGCAAAGAGGAGACCUUAUGAAAACUAGUAGUCCUACACUAACUAGUCUAGUUAGCAAUGCACGACAAUUGUCUCGAUGCAUUUUAUUUUGCCCUGCCAAAUUUGUAUUAAUCAGAAUACAAAUAUUAGAAUAUAUUUUAAUUUCAGAAAAUGUCCAUUCUUUGUUCAAUUAUUGAACAAAUAUGAAUUUGACCAUCCAUUACAUUUUAAAGGUUUUAGACGCCCACAUUAGUGAUGAGAUGAAUGUACCCCCUCUGGCUAGUACGCCUAUAUCUCCACAGUUUCUCCCCCUAGCUGUGCAGUAUUCAACAGAACAGACCAUAGUCUACAGCACCUCUGUUCUCAGCUCAUUUAGAAAGACAGCCAUUGUUUUUGUUUCGAGUUCAUCAUUGUCUUUUGUGGUGUGUGUGACCAUGUUGUCAGCACCUCGUCGCUCUGUUCAUGGCUCACAUUGUUACAUUUCAAUUAUCUGUUACGUUUAGAAGUGUCCAAUCACAAAGGAGCGUCGUCAAGGAAGAGGACUGGAUUGGGUAAUUGGGGGGGAGGGGGGGGGGGGGGGGGGGGGCUGGGGGCGGGGCAGCUGUAGGCGGUGUUGGCGUGUGUCGUCGUUCUUGAUGUUGUGGUGUGUGUGUGUGUGCGUGGGGUCAAUGACCUCCAGGAACACAUCACAUUAUCGGGGCCUGAGGCGGGCUCCCUGUGAUGGACCCCGGGGGCUCACUACCCAGUGUGGUUUCCCCGCCGUGUCCCUUACCAUGUCGUUGAAACCUUCUCGCUCCUCUUCUGUCUGUUCUUGUUUUUGUAUUUUAGCCGCCAAAGAUGAAAUCUUUGAGUCUGUGUAAUAUAAUAAUAAAUGGUGCAUAGUUUUAAGGAAUUCAAGAUUUGAACUGUUGGAAACUGUGUUAAGAUAAAUUAAUAAAUGUGUUUUUCUUUUGUAGUAAAUACUAUUUUUGGUUACUGAAAUGGCUCCGGCGGUGAAUGCAUUAUCAGUCCACACCAGGAAUCGUAUCUGGGUAAUGAAUAGGAUCAGAUUCAUCAGGUGUGGCUCCCCGGCUGGACGGUGAAGUGGCACGAGUAUAAUCUACCUCAAGCUGUCAUGAGGCUCAGUCCAACACAUUUAAAACAUUUAUAUCAUGCACUAUUAACAGAUGCUUUAUGGGAGUCUAUACCCAACAGCCUCUCACUGAAAGGUGUGUGUGUGUGUGCGUGUGUGUCUGUCUGCGUGACUGCUGUUAGAUAGACGGGGCUCAGAGAACGCAAUAGGCCAAUUGUGGACGAACAUUUAGAAAACUAUAGUCCUUUACAUUUUAUUUGUGCCUCUUGGAGUAAUUAAAGUGCUGAAUAAUGA